AUGGCCAUCAACAUCGAAAAUGGUGGAUAUCCACCAGAGAUCAUUGGGUACGCUGAGCCAUGGAUAGUGGCCCCUGGAGACUCUGUUGCAAUCAAGAUAUCAUGCACGGAACCGGAAUACAAAUAUCGCACCGUUCGCUUGAUCCAGGGUAUCGACCUUGAGCACUCCCCAAAGAAGGCCGAGGUGGAGGUCGAGGAGAUUCCUCGGGGUCAGCGACAAGGCAGAUUUCAAACAUCUCAGCCAGGAUCAUUUGGGUAUGUUCCUAACUGGAGUCCACCAAACGCAGCAGAGGGUCUUCAAAUUUCAUUUUAUGUGCAGCCGUGGUUGCUGGACUGCUCGCACGCACAAACUCUGGUGUCGACCCUGAAUCCAGCUACACACACCGGGUUCUCCAUUGCCCUAAACAAUCAAGGCUUGCUUGAUAUCAGCGUGGGAACUGGGCACGGUGUCGCAACCAUUGCUACCGGGCUUAAACUACACCAAAAGACCUGGUCGAAAAUCAAGCUUGUAUUCAGCGGUCGAUCGAUUCAGGUGAAUUUAACACCUAUCCCUUUCAAAGUUGAACCCAUACCCCCUCCCACAGCAUUCGAAGGGCAGUUGGAUGCGAAAGCGGUGUUGUUCCGGCCAGGGCCUCUUCUCAUCGCAGCAAGCCAGAGUAGCGCUGUCGGUAACAGUCGAAGCGAUCAGAGGCCGCCUGUAACGGACUUCUUUAACGGCCGAAUUGACCGUCUCACGUUAAAGACCUCUGCUCAACAGCCAUUGAUCCUCGCUAAAUAUGACUUCUCACUAGAAAUAUCUAGUGAUCGAAUCAUUGACGUCUCUGGGCGUGGUCACAAUGGUAUUCUGGUCAACGCGCCAACUCGUGCUGUUACAGGUCAUGACUGGGACGGGUCGGAGUGUGACUGGACACGGGCGAAAUUUGGCUAUGGUGCGAUACAUUUUCACGACGAUGACUUGGAUGAUGCGGAAUGGCAGACAGACUUCAAUAUCACGAUUCCGUCUAAUGCCCGCUCUGGUGCUUAUGCAGUGGAGGUGGAGGCAUUAAAUGGCCGAGAUACGGAUUCAAUCACAUUCUUUGUGCGCCCAAACCGAUGGACAUCAGACAACUCGAAUAAGGUCUGCCUCGUUUUUUCGACCUUCACGUAUCUCGCAUAUGCCAAUGAGCGUUUGUAUGACACCACUCGCCCAAAUACAGCUGACCUUGGGCCGGGCUUUGAUAUUACCAAGGUCCUGAAGAGCGCGGAGUUUUACAAGAUGUGUCGCCGUAGUGACCUUGGCCUAUCUUGUUAUGACCGCCACAGCGAUGGCUCAGGGGUUUGUUUCUCGUCAUCGAAGCGACCCAUCUUGAAUGUUCGCCCAGGCUAUAUAAUGUGGGCGUUCUCCCGCCCACGCGAAUUCUCUGCUGAUCUUAUGAUGCUUGGAUUCCUGGAGCGCGAGGGUAUCCCAUAUGAAAUUCUGACUGAUCACGACUUGCACGCCCGUGGAGCUGGCGCCCUCCAAGGCUUCAAUACUGUUAUAACGGGCUGCCAUCCCGAAUAUCCUACUCUAGCAUCUUUUAACGCCUACAACGCCUUUGCUAGAGGAGGAGGAAACCUCAUGUAUAUGGGUGGAAAUGGCUUUUACUGGGUCAGCGCUCUCAAUGCUGAUUGCCCGCAUCGAUUAGAGGUGCGAAGAGGCGACAGUGGAGUACGUCCUUAUAGUCUUUCGGGUGGAGAGCACAUCAACAGCCUCGACGGACAGCGAGGUGCCUUGUGGAGGUCUCGCGGCAUGAGUUGCAAUACGCUAUUCGGGGUCGGCUUUUGCGCUCAGGGGACAGGCCCAGGCGUACCUUACCGGCGUACCGAGGCAUCCAGGGACCCCAGAUUAUCCUGGAUGUUCACGGGCGUAGAUGGUGACCUUAUCGGAGAGCACGGCUUUGGAGGCGGCGCCUCGGGCGACGAGAUAGAUCGGUAUGAUGUUGGGAAUGGGAGCCCCCUAACUGCGGUAAUACUUGCUACGAGUAUAGGUCACAGCGAUGACUUUGGCAUUGCUGUUGAGGACCUAGGUUAUCCCGCAGUGAAUACACUUGGAACCCAAACAGACCUAAUUCGUAGUGAUGUGGUCUAUUACGUUGGCAGCGGUGGUGGUGCAGUCUUUAGCGUUGGCAGUAUCAAUUGGUAUUGCUCGUUGGCUUGGGAUGCUUAUGAUAACAACGUUGCGAUAUUAACGGGCAAUGUUAUUAAGGGUUUCUUAGCAGGGAAGCGAUAA